CCCCCCCCCCCCCCUCACUCUCUAUCAGAGCCAAAAGCGUAUAAAGCUCCAUACCAGGGACUCUCAGGGGCCGGGCUUGAUGCUCAAUUAAGCAAAAGCACACCCGAAACUGUGCUUCAAUGGGAAGGUCUCCUUGCUGCGAGAAAGCUCACACUAACAAAGGAGCAUGGACCAAAGAAGAAGACGAUCGCCUCAUCGCUUACAUCCGAGCUCACGGCGAGGGCUGCUGGCGCUCCCUCCCCAAGGCCGCGGGCCUUCUCCGCUGCGGCAAGAGCUGCCGCCUCCGCUGGAUCAAUUACCUCCGACCUGAUCUCAAGCGCGGUAACUUCACCGACGAAGAAGACGAGCUCAUCAUCAAACUCCACAGCCUCCUUGGUAACAAAUGGUCUCUGAUAGCCGGAAGAUUACCAGGAAGAACGGAUAACGAGAUCAAGAAUUACUGGAACACGCAUAUAAGAAGAAAGCUGCUGAACCGCGGCAUCGAUCCGGUAACCCACAGACCGAUGAACGAGCCGGCGGCAAUGGAAGUGAAAGCCAUAUCGUUUGCAACUGCGGAUGCUAGGGAAGAACAGAAAGUCUCAGCUGCGGACUUGAACCUGGAGCUGAGAAUUAGCGCUCCACACGAACAGAAAACUGAGCCAGGAACUGGGAAUAACGCUUCUCUUUGUUUCUCGUGCCGUUUGGGGAUUCAAAACAGCAAGGAUUGCAGCUGUAGCAGAGGUACUGGUGGAAUCAACAUUGGUUAUGAUUUCUUAGAGUUGAAAACUGGUGUACUGGAUUUCAGAAGCUUGGAGAGGGAUGAAAUGAAUUGUUGAAAUGCUGUGAUCAAUUAUAUGUAGCAACAAGGAGAGAGACAGAGUAAAAUUGAUGUAGGUUAUUUUAUCUCUCCACAAUCUCUCUCUUCUUUGUAUGAUUAUCGGGAUCGAUCGAAUAUCAUAAUUAGAUCCAAUUCCGGUCCAUGGUUACAGCUUAAUUGAUCAUUUGGAUAUUCAAUUUCAUCCCGGACCAUAUAUUUCUCGUUGCUUCUCCUGGUAUGAUUACUGUUGCUUCAAUUGAUAGCAUGAAAACACUAACAGAAUAACUCCAUUUCUUCUUAUUCUGUUUCUGUUUUCUUCAUUACUUCAUCAUUUGGAAUUUGGGGAUUCUUUUUAAGAGGGUUGGUCCAUCCAUGGGUUCACAUGUCUGUGUAUGAUUUGUGUGUGUAUAAUUUGUAAAUUAUUAUACUUAUUCAACGAG